CGACGCUGAAGAAGAUGUCACCCCUUCACCUUCUGCCGCUCCCGUAUUCAACAAUGGCAGCGAUAGUCCUGCAAGGAUGACUCGUACACAGCAGAAGAAGCUAGCAAAGGAGGCAAGAGAAGCAAAAAAGUCGCAAAAAGCAGCCACUUCGCCGCCCAUUUCCAGCGCUGAAAAGGUUGAGAAUGGAUUGGGCGAGGAGAGGGCUGGCUCAGGACCAGCAUCUGAGGCGGUGGAGGAUGUCAAGGAGGCGCUGUCCAGUGCAGGUUCGGAUCCAGUCGUAGAGGUUCCUGCUACCGGUGACGGCCCUCGCCAGGCUCUUUCCCCACCUUCAGCCGUUGCGUCUACCCCAUCCAAGGCCGAAACCACUUCGGAGCCAGCUGUGACACGCUCUGCUACUGCUGCAAAGAGUACGUCGACCUCCUCGUCAACUCUUGCUCCUCCCGGCAAAGAGCCCGCUCCACGGUCUGCUACCCCAUCUGCCGAGGAGAAGCGCUUGGCUGACAAUGCUGCUUACUGGAAGAAGGUCCGCGAGCGUGCUAUCUUUGGCUUCCUGAUGAUCGGAGGAUUCAUCCUCGCUAUGGUCCUAGGUCACCCCUACAUGAUCGUAGUGGUCCUCGGAUUGCAGACCCUCGUCUAUCGUGAGGUGACUGCCCUCUUUGAGAUCCCUGGUCGCCCUUCCAUCACUGGAGGAGCACCUCGACGAAGUCCUCUCAGCCGUCACAGCUCAAGUACCUCUGUGCCCAAGAUCCGCGUUGGUGCUAGCUCCAACAUCGACGAGUCUGCACAGGCUAGCGAGGAUGAGGAAGACUUCCGUGCCGAGGUGCGGAAGGAACUAGUAUGGUCCAAGACGCUGAGCUGGUACUUCUUCACCGUCGCAAACUACUUUUUGUACGGCGAGUCUCUGAUCUACUACUUCAAGCACAUCGUCUUCAUCGACUCGUACUUUAUCCCCUUUGCCAAGCACCACCGCUUCCUCUCCUUCCUCCUCUACAUCAUCGGCUUCGUCGGCUUCGUCUCGGGCCUGAGGAGGGAAAAUCUGAAGCACCAAUUUGGUCUCUUUGGCUGGGUACACAUGAGUCUACUCCUCAUCGUCUUCUCAUCGCACUUCCUCGUGAACAACAUCCUCGAAGGUCUCAUCUGGCUCUUCGUACCAGCCUCGCUGGUGAUCUGCAACGACGUCUUUGCCUACGUCUGUGGUAUGAUCUGGGGUAGGACACCACUGAUCAGCCUCAGUCCCAAGAAGACCGUCGAGGGCUUCGUGGGCGCAUUCGUCAUUACCGAGGUCUUUGCGCUGUUCUGGGCAACGAUUUUUCAGAGGUCGCCCUACUUGAUCUGCCCUGCCAUCUCUUUGGGCAUGAACGCAUUCCAAGAUAUCCACUGCACUCCCAACUCGGUCUUCGAAUGGCGCGCCUUUAUCCUCCCGGAGUCCCUCUCCUCUCUCCUCAGCUCCACCUUCCACUUCACUCUAACCUCCAUCCCUUAUACCGAAUUCCAAUUCCACUCUCUGGUAAUGGCCGCCUUUGCCUCUCUAGUCGCACCCUUUGGCGGCUUCUUUGCCUCGGGUUUCAAGCGCGCAUUCAACAUCAAAGACUUUGGAGAUUCCAUUCCAGGUCAUGGAGGACUGACGGAUCGAUUUGAUUGUCAAUUCCUCAUGGGAUUAUUCUCCUAUGUGUACUACUCGAGUUUGAUUAGGGAACAUAGAGUUACAGUGGGAAGUGUAUUGCAGACGGUCGUUACGCACCUCACCGCAGAGGAACAGAUUGAGGCCUAUAGGGAGAUUGGAAGAUUUUUGGCUGGGAGGGGAGUGGCCGUCUAAGGAGAAAUCGAGAAGUGCAG